AUGGCAUUCAAAGCUACCUUCGCAUUCUUGGCCGUAGCCCUUCUGAUCCAGGCGGCUUUUGCCCAAUACAUCAGUGGAAACUCAGUGGUAGAUAACAAUGUUGUGGUCAACAGCGGAGCGUCCAACAGUCUCGGCUAUGCUGGCGGUCUCGGCCUGGGCAGCGCGGUCGGCAUAAACAACGGCAUUGGUCUUGGUGUCGGCAGCGGACUUGGCUUGAACACCGGAUUGGGCUUGAACACCGGAUUGGGCUUGAACACCGGACUCGGCUUGAACACCGGUCUCGGAUUGGGUCUUGGCAACAUCGGUGUGGCGAGCCCAGCUUUCCUCGACCUCAGCCUCCUGUCUGCCGGAGGAGUCUUGCCGACCUCCAGCAUGGGCCCCGUCGUCCCAGCCGGCCUCAACGUGGUGUCAGACAACGCGAUCGAAGGCGCUCUGCUGAUCAGCGGUCAGCUGCCGUUCUUGAGCGCUGUGGCCUUCGAAGGAGCCCUAGCGUCUGGUGGUUCAGGAGCUGCCUCUUGCGGCUGCGGUAACGGCAACAUCGGCAUCAUCAGCGAGACUGGAUCUGCCUCCCUCCUGCCAGCUGCCGGUGGUCUAGGUCUGGGUAUCGGUGGUAUCAAUGGUAUUGGAGCUAUCGGUGGAAUCGGAGGACUCGGUGGACUGGGUGGCCGUGCAGGACUUUACCUGUAA